AGGACUGAAAAAAACGAGAAGCUGGUGGAAUGGCGAAAAGGCCGCCAACCCUGGCCGGUGCACCGAGCAAGAAUUAUUGACGUGGCAAAAUUUGAAAAAACUCUCCAAAUUAAACUGCGUGGGAUCGAGAUGGAGAAAGAAGUCACACAGCAAACAAAACGUCCUCACAUCCCAAACUCAAAGUACCGUGAUCAGGGGCAGACUGAGAAGGCUUCAAAGAAAAGGGUUGACAAUAAAAAGAGAUGUCCUUCUAAAUACAACCACGAGGAGGAGGAGGAGAAGGAGGAGGAGGAGGAUGAGGCGCGUCAUGACAGGCCUUCAAAGAACAAGCGGGCCAGCGAAGAGGAGGAGCGUAUUGGGGAUGAAGAGGACAUAGUACCACCCUCUAAGAAAAAGACAGCUGCUGAAUUUAAAAAACACCUGGAUGAACAGAUGUGGGAGAGAAGGAAACUUGACCAAAUGCAAAGAAAUUUGCAGGAGUUGAGAAAUGAAGUCCAUUCUCUUAAAAAUGAAAAUGCACGUCUGAAAGACAUUAUCAUCAAUCAAAUCCCUCAAAUGAAAAGUGACAUCGCCAUUAUUGCUCAAAAGAAGACUGGAAGGACUCCUGUGGAGGAUCUAGAUUCCUCCUUCUCGACUUUUGGAGAAAUGCAACCGACUCCAGAGAGGAGACAGAGCCCAGAGGACACCGAGCCCUUUAAAGAGAGUCCCAUGGUGACUGAGCGCUUUCGAGAGACACCACAGACUGCAGCAACAGCUGAGACCUCAGCGAAAACACAGAUGGAAGUUAUAAAGGGCUCUGGGGUGUUUUGCCAGGCAGAAGCGUGGAAAGCAGCCCGCCUUGCCCCCUCUGCUACUGCCAUGGUGCGGAAUCUCCUGCUGGGCACCUUUGAUUUGGAGACUUUGCUGAAAAGCAACCUGAAUGGUGGGAAGCCAACCAGAGGGGAUGGGGAGCAGCUGGUCGCACUUGACCAAAUUAAAAAGGCAGCCAUUAUUGCCACAUUGCUGGGGUAUUGCGCUGUAAGAUGCUACAUUGAAGAAGUGGCCGGCAGCCAGCCGAGGGCAGAUAGGCACAUCUAUCAAUUCAAAUCUCACGGAGCUGAGAAGAUCAACAAGAUAAAUAAAAAGAUGUAA